AUCAAGUCAAGUCAGCUUUUAUUGUCAGUUUCUUCUUAUGCACAGGUCAUACAAGGAAAUUGUAAUUCGUGUCUCUCUCUAUACCAUGAAAGAACAUACUAGACAUACACAGGGCUGACAUUUACAGACUGACAUCAAAGUGCAAGACAGGACAUCAUGUUUGCGUUUUCCAUGCGUCCUUCUGUUUGAGUCAUUAAAAGUAUUGUAUUUGGUGAAGGCAUUCUUUCCAAGGAGAUGGGGAAGCAGCUCCUAUUCAGUACAUAAGGCUGGCUCUUGGAUUAUCACUAACUCGGUAUUAUUGCCAUACACUUCCUGCACGUGCACUCGUUUCCAGGCAUUCCUUCCUUAUUCCCUAGCUCUCCCCUCCCUUUAUACUGUCUGUCCUUCAAACACUGCUCACAAAGGUGUGGUCUUCAGGACCUAGUUAUUCAUAGACAGGGGAAAGAGUCUCUCACCUACACAAACACACACAGAAGAAGGAGCAUGACUGUAUCUUACCGAUACUGAGCACAACACUGGAUUGGGUUAUACAGAACAGAGUACAGUACAGUAGAGUAGAGUACAGUAUAGUAAGGUACAGAAAAGAGGGAUUGAAAAGUUACUAAAAGCUAUUUUAGAAACAAGUGGUAGUGACCAAUAAAGGCUAACUGGACAGCACUUUAAGGACAAAACAAAACGGAUACAAUUAAAUAAAGGUAAGAAUGGUCUGAAUGUAUGGCCUCUGUCUGAGUGGACUAUUCAGCAUACCGUACAUGCUUGCAUGCUUUACGUCUUCUCUGCUUCUUCCACAUCUAAUUAAGAAUGAUUAUUAUGAAGGCAUCUAACCAGUACUUCUGUGUUAUGUCUAGGUCACAUAUUGGGCUUGGAUAUUGCAUUUUUAAAGGCAUUUGUACACAAUAGGCAUACAAUAUAAAGUAUGUAAUUUAUUGAACCUAAAGAGCGCAGUUAAAAUAAAUGUACGGAUAACAAUACACAUACUGUAUUGUAAGGCUACUUCAUUGAUGCAAUUAAAUUAUCAGUCUUUGAACGUUUGUUUAUUCACGUGUUGAGAUGGUCACUAGGCCAGUAAGUUUCAGUCAAUAUGGAAAACAGUUCUCCAUAGAGACAACAAACUGCACAUAGAAACUGUGAAAACAAAUGGAGUAAAUGAUUGACUCUCCAUCCAAGUGAACACCUUUUCUGAUACUAUUUUUAUUGGCCCAAAACAAAUGCCUAGGGAUCACAUUUAUUAUUUGGAGUGACACAAUGGGUGAUGCAUGGUGACAGAUUUUUCAGGUCUUUAACACAAUUAACAUGUGCCAAAUAAUUCUUGUUAUGUGUUGACACCAGCUGGAUCAGCUUGGCAAUUCCCUUUAGAAACUCUCAAACAUAUCCAACAAGAAGCACAAAGAAACCUUGAACAACAAAGUGGUGGUUUUCUCCAAUAGAAACUCAAAAUAGACCUAUAGACGUACAAUAGAUCAUCUGCCUAGAUCUAGGAUGUCUCUGUACUUAAACUGUACCUGUUGACUAUCUCUGCCAGGACAACAUUCAAGACAAAUCUUCAAUCAAUAUCUCAAUAAAAACUCUCAGGAUAAAUAAAAAAAAGAUAUAUAUAUUUUUUCAGAUGAAUGAUGUUCUUUGUUUUCCAGGACAAUCUCUUUGAGGCCAAGACCCCACAAUGGCCUUCAGUGGUGUGUGGCACACCCAGGGCUCCGUAGGGCCUUCCAGCUACAGCGAUUUCAGAACCGGAACACCCGGCGAUGGUCAGCCGGAAUGUUCCAUCUGCUUCAGUAACUACGACAACGUCUUCAAGACCCCCAAGCUGCUGGACUGCACCCACACCUUCUGCCUGGAGUGCCUGGCGCGCAUCCUGGCCAUAUCGGACGAGUUCAAGAGGCAGGUGAAGAAGCCCGGGGAGAGGGCCGCCCAGAUCUCCUGCCCCAUCUGCCGCCACCCCACAGCCGUGCCACGCAACGGCCCCCCGGCCCUGGUGACCAGCCGGGAGGUUCUAGAAUGCCUGCCGUACCACCUGCGGAGGGAGGAGCACGUCAGCAUGAUGGGCAGGAGGCUCUGCUACCUCAGCCCCGUGAACCCCACCUGCAUCUGCAUCGACAUUGGGGCCAGCAAGCCAGAGCCCCAGAGGGCAGGGGAGGGCCGUGGGCGCAGGAGGAGGGGCUGGCGGGGGAGGGCCACCCAAGCAUGGAGCCUCUGCUGCAACUGGAAGAGGCAGAUGAUCCUGGUGCUGUUCAUGCUGCUAGUGCUGGCCAUCAUGGCCUGGCCCUUAGCCUGCAUCAUCACCAGGCGCACGCUGGUGAGCUGCUUGUGCUGCGGGGACGGGUUGGAAACCACCACGCCAACGACCGCUACACCGACCAGGCCGUUCAUGGAUUCGGGGUUCCCCAUGUGAGGCUCGCAGAGCAGGAAGGAAGAGACAAGUGUACCCUGAAAAAAUGUUGAAUGGACCCUUAUAGACUGUGGUGUGGCUGGUGGUGGUAGGGCAGACAUAAGAGAAAGGAGAGUCUGUGCUUCUUCAAUCCUAUUUGUUUUUUGACGAUUGCAGAGGCUCACAUCCAUUCAUGACCACAAUACAACAUAUCCAUGUAUGAGCAUUGAGCAUGAUACCUCUAUUCAUUCUGACCUUGUUGAAAUGUUUAUGAACUAAGUUGUGUUGAGUGUAUCUUGUUAAGCUUUGUAAAUAGAGAGAGAUAACUUUUUUAUAUAAUUAAACUAAAAAAAGACUAAAUGACAAAA